CCUUAGUAUGGUUUUGUCCUUUGCAACGGCACCAACUCGACGAAAACAGGAAUGGCGAAAAGCAAAACAAAACCUUCGUUUUGGAAGGUAAUGCAAAUCUUCAUGGCCGUUGCUGUGCGCUCAAUACCAACCCGGUUUUCGACCAUCUUCAAUUUUAUCGGCUGUCUUGCCAUGUGCUAUUUAUUGGUCACAGCCAUCGGCUAUGCCUCGUCAAAUAAUGGUGAUCACAUUAUCGAAACAAACGACAUUUCGCAGGUAGAUGUCCGUCAGGAGCAAAUGGUCAAUUCCAAACCGGAAUCAGAGCCACCCCCCAAAACGAUUUUAUUCUGGACGCUGUAUUACAAUCGAUCAGAUUUCACCUUCGGAUUUGGUCGCGAUCCUUUCGUUAAAUUCGGUUGCAAAGUGAGCAAUUGCAUAACAACCAACGAUCGCACAUUGCUCAAUCAGAGCGACGCCAUUAUCUUUCACGCGUUGCAAGUUUCGAGUCGAGACCUUCCGGCCCAUCGACAACCGCAACAGCGUUUCGUUUUUUUCUUGUACGAAACGAUUCCGAACACAUCCAUUCCGUGCGUCGGCAAAUGUCUGCCCUCGAGCCAAUACAAGCCGCACUAUUUCAACUGGACAAUGACGCAUCGUCGGGAUUCCGACGUCUACGUGGCAGAGCCUUACGGGGCCAUCGCUCCAAAAUAUUGGACGCUUCCUACUCAGCUGCCCGAUGAAUUAUCACCUGGUACUCUUCCGGCCGAUCCAGCUAUCCUCCUCAAUCGAAACUAUCCGGAAUUAGCCAACAGGACGAAGAUGGUGGCCUGGUUCGCCUCGCAUUGCCCGACUCACAGCCAACGCGAGGACUACGUCAAAGAAUUGUCCAGUUACAUCCAAGUGGACAUUUACGGCAAAUGCGGAACGAUGGAAUGUCUUCCACGCAACAGCCACCGAUGCGAGAGUUUACUCGACAAUUACAAAUUCUAUUUAGCAGCUGAGAAUUCUUUAUGUCCGGACUACGUGUCUGAGAAAUUCUAUCGGGCAUUGACCAAUAAUAUCGUGCCCAUCGUGUACGGCGGUGCCGAUUAUACGGAAUACGCUCCUCCACAUUCGUUCAUCAACAUUGCCAAUUUCAAAUCGCCAAAACAUUUGGCCGACUACCUGACGUUGUUGGCCAACAACGAUCACCUCUACAUGGAAUAUUUCCAAUGGAAAAAACAUUACGCUGUCGUUCGAUCGCCUAAAAAGGGAUGGUGCGAUCUGUGCGCUAAACUCAACGAGCCCAGUCAGGAAAAGAAAACGAAAACGUACGAAGAUGUAGCCGAAUGGUGGGUAAGAAAAUUGCCUUGCUAUCCAGGGUCAUCAUUCCUCAUGAGUCACGCGUAAUUUUCGAAAUGCAAUUUGUUUUCAAAUGUGAGUUGGGUCUUGUUUAGUCGAAACUGCUUUUGCAAAAUUUGAUGCGUUAAAAAUGUUGAGAGGCGAAUAUAACUAAAAAUACACAUGCAUUUAACCUUG